AUGUUUGAGGACACAAAGGAAACCUGUACCAAUAUAUUAUGCAAAAAAGAGAACCCAGAGGAAGGAUUUAAAAUGAUUCCAUUUUGUGCAGAAGAUAGUGGUCCACAUUGGUACCAGGUUACUGGCAAUGUAGUGACAAAUCCUUUAGUUACUAAAAACCUACCUCUGUUUUUUCAAAGGUUUCCAAUUCAUUGUAAACCUAAAACAGAGAAAGACGUAGAGGGAAUUCUCAAUGGGGAAAUCAAGAAUUUUGUGGGUGAUUUAAUCGAUGACGAUUAUGACAAUCUAGAAGAAUUUUGCAGUCCCAAGCAUUUAGAGAUUGGUGAUGAAGUAAAAAUGUCGAAUUCAUUACCUUCAAAUCACACAGUUCCAACUGUACAAGUGGAUGAUGAAUCUGAUCUUGGUAGUAGUCUACAUAUUAAUAUGAAGUUGGCGUUGAGAAAGGAUAUGGAUAAGAAGAAUUUAUAUCCUAAAAAGCUUAAAUAUAGAGCAGUGAAGUUAAUAUCUCCACCAAAACAGGAUAGAGAUCUAAUACCUGAAGAAGAUUUGUUGCAACCAGGGAAAGACAUCAUUUUCAGAGUUCGAGUUUAUAGGUUAUUUCAGUAUAUUGAAAAAGGAAAGACAAAAAACCGUAAUGCAGUUUUAAAUUCAGACAUUAUAUUAGUGGGAAGACAGUAUCUAUCAGCUCUUAGGGAUCGCAUUGUGUGCCUUAAUGAUAUAUGCACAAGUGUUGAUGUAUCAGAGGCACCAGAUGAUUUACCUUCUGCUUCAGCUAAGGAGUUGUUCCCGUCUGGGUUUUUAUUUAUCAAUAAUGUGUUUUAUGUGGAUCAACGUUCAGGCUGUGUGGACUAUACAGUCACAAUAAGAGAAUGGGCUGCAAAUCGUGGGUUAGGCAAUUUCCUUGUUCAAGAUAUGUCCAAGGUGAAGUUACAGGACAUUGUACUCAAGCUUGGACAUCCAGAUGUUUACAUACACCAAGGUAACUGUGAGCAUUUGUUGACGUUUUCUGAAGUACGACUACUGCACUCCUCUGAUCCACUGGACCUAAGUUUAUAUCCAUAUCACACGCAAGCAGCUCAAAUCGAGAGCGAGCCGCGGACUAAAACGCUCGCCUCGCGUACCUUCCGCGGUCUAUCGCGGCUUACCCUUCUUUUCGUGCACGAAUUUAAUCCCGAAUCGACGAUACAACUGUGUGGCAUGGGUGAUGGUGUCACAAUGAGGAUGCGGCUGGUGGCUCUUGCGCUGCUCGUUUGUGCAGCAGCAGCAGAUCCACGACUACAGAACACGCCACGGCCGCGACACUGGCAGCGCGGCGCACGGACACUUGCAGACAGAUCGCCUACUCAAUUCGUCGGUCCACAUGUAUGCCGAAGCCGCAACAGCACGCAUUGCUGUCCCGGAUGGACGUCUAGGCCCAACUCUUUACUUUGUGUAGUUCCUUUAUGUCGACCGGAUUGUGGUUCACCGGGGGCAUGUAUCGCUCCAAAUAUGUGCCGCUGUGCGGGGGGCUUAGAGGCACCUUCAUGUAUUCCAGGUGGAGCGCUCUUCUCUUAUCCACCUCGGCCCAGAGGCGGCUGCCGUCGUAUUUGCAUGAAUGGAGGAACAUGUACUAACGGGACCUGCGCUUGCGCACCCGGCUGGUCCGGGGAAUUUUGUACUGAACCAAUAUGCCGAGAACCUUGCUUGCACGGAGGACGGUGUAUAGCACCGGAUCGUUGCGUGUGUUUCCACGGUCUUUCUGGAACGCGAUGCGAAAUUGAUCGACGAACAGGACCAUGUUACACGGACACCCGAGGAGCAUUAUGUACGGGUGCGCUAGAGGGCGUGGUGUGUACGAAACAGCUGUGCUGUGCAACAGUGGGCGUGGCCUGGGGACACCCUUGCGAGCGCUGCGGGGAUCUCGACUGUCCCGCGGGUCACCUUCGCAACCUCGCUACGAAAGAGUGUCAAGAUAUUGACGAGUGUGCGGCAGUACCUGGUCUGUGCGAAGGAGGCAAGUGCGUUAACUCGAUCGGUUCGUUUUCAUGCGAAUGUCCCCCCGGACAACGAAGACACCGAGUCACAAACAACUGCGAAGACAUCGACGAGUGUGAAGAUCCAGAUAUAUGUCCAAAUGGAAAAUGUGUCAAUACAGAGGGCGAUUACUAUUGUCUAUGUAAUCCCCAUUUCAUCCCGAGUCCCGAUAAGAAAUUUUGUAUUGAUGGCCGCGUGGGGAAUUGUUACACAUAUCUGAGUGAGACGGGAGAAUGUGGAGAUCGGCUACCGAUGUCACUUUCUAAUCGAGACUGCUGCUGUGGGUACAAUAUGGGUCGCGCCUGGGGCGAUCUGUGUGCGCCUUGUCCACCACGCGGAGCAAUGGAAUGGACACAUUUGUGUGGAGGAGGAAUCGUACCUCCCGACUGGCGUCGGAACGACACUACCGGUGGAGGUUUCGGUGAUGGAGGGGACAUACCACACCCGAUCGCUAAGAUCAACGAAUGCAUGUUGAGAAAUGGAAUUUGUGGCCUCGGAAACUGUAUUGACAAGGAUGUUGGGUAUUCGUGCUCAUGUUGGGAAGGCGCUGAAAGCACGCUUCAAGAUGGAAACCCAACAUGCAUAGAUAUCGACGAGUGCGCGCUAGAGUAUUGCAAAGGCGGUACUUGUACCAAUACGCCUGGUAGUUUCACAUGCAGAUGCCCACCUGGUUUUGAUCCUGUUGAAAACGGAUUGCGAUGCAGUGAUAAAAAUGAGUGUGAAAUGACCAACGGUGGUAUGUGUACAAAUGGUGUUUGUACGAAUAUGGAUGGCGGUUACGAGUGCUCGUGUAACCCGGGGUACGAGUCUACAGAAACGGGUCACGCUUGUCGUGACGUGGAUGAGUGUGCGGACAAUCCGCGAGUCUGUCGAAGGGGAAGAUGCCGGAACACUCCCGGUGGUUACGAGUGCCUCUGUGAACCUGGAUUUGCCAAAUCUGCCGCUGGAUAUUGUGCAGACAUAGAUGAAUGCUCUGACAGGAGCUUGUGCCAGGGUGGCCGUUGCGUGAACGGCGAAGGUUCCUUCCAGUGCGUUUGUGAAGCGGGAUACAGACCUACUCCAGAUCGCGCGGCUUGCGUGGACGUCGACGAGUGCUCCGAGUUGCGGAUCUGCCGUAACGGCAAAUGUCACAACACACCUGGCUCCUUCCGCUGCGAAUGUCUUUCUGGGUUCACACUCAGCAAUGAUGGACGGACUUGUUUAGAUGAAGUCCAGGACCUUUGCUAUGAGAAAUACGAAGAUGGUCAGUGUUCUGGUCCUGGAACCACGCCGGUGACACGAUCACAAUGUUGCUGCAGUGCCAGUAAAGGUCUCCAUCUUGGAUGGGGUGUAUCCUGCAAAGCCUGCCCGCCACACGGCAGCAAAGACUAUGAAAUACUCUGCCCCGAGGGAGCCAGCAAGGACAACGCUGGCACAGAUAUCAAUGAAUGUACCAUGAUCCCGGGAAUCUGUCCCCAUGGGACUUGCGAAAACUUGGAGCCCGGCUACAAAUGUAUCUGUGAUCCUGGUUACCACCCGGAUAAGGAUGGCAUCUGCCGGGACAUAGAUGAAUGCGAUAUGCAUCAGUCUUACUGUACGGGUGGACAGUGCCGGAACACGUUAGGAAGCUUCACGUGCGUAUGUCCACCGGGCACCCGUUAUGAACCGGACGAGCAGCUCUGUCGGGACAUCGAUGAGUGCGAGGGUGAGAUUGACCCCUCUGACCUCGGGCCACAGGCCCAAAGGGGGGAUAUACCUCCCCGCGCCCGUCCAGAGCAAUCAAACCCUUGUGACAACGGCAGGUGCAUCAACACGCACGGCAGCUACGAGUGUGAAUGCGAACACGGAUUCGUUCUAGAUGCUUCUGCGCAACACUGUCUCGAUAACCGCCGAGGGUCUUGUUGGCGGCGUGUCGUAGACGGCCAAUGCGAGGGCGCUGCUCCGACUCCACUUUUGCGCCAAGAGUGCUGCUGCAGUGUAGGUCUAGCUUGGGGCUCACCGUGCGAGCCAUGCGAACCAGACGACUGUCCUUGCCCUAAAGGUUUUGCCAAGCUGGAUGGAGUUAACUGUCGCGAUGUAGACGAAUGUAUGCUGGACCCAGACCUGUGUGUCGGUGGACAAUGUGUCAACACGGAUGGAUCUUAUCGUUGCGAAUGUCCCAAUGGGCUCACUCUUGAUCCAUCUGGCAAUCGUUGCGUGGAUACAAGACGAGAAUAUUGUUACACGGAGUACGUGGGCGGACGUUGUUCCAGCCCGUUGCAGCUUGAAGUACACCGGGCCGUGUGUUGCUGCUCAUCUCUUGGCAAAGCGUGGGGAGACUCGCGCUGUGAACCCUGCCCUAAGAAAGGAACGGACGCAUACAGAAAUCUUUGCGUAGCGGAUGUCGGCGGUCCACCUAACGUGUGGACACGUCCGGGUUCCGGUGGACCGAACAGAACGGACAUCUGGAAUCAGAUCGGUGAUGGAGAUAAUGGCGUCGGUUGGGACGAUGGCGGUGGUACUUGGGGAAAUGGUACAAGCGAUGGUUGGGGGCAAGGCAGGCCCGGAGUCACCCCUGGCCAAAUGGAAGUCAACGAGUGCGCUGCCUUCCCAGGUCUUUGCGGACACGGGAGAUGCAAAAAUAUGGUCGGAACGUUUAUAUGUGACUGCUUCCCUGGAUAUGAGCAGGAUUCCAAGAAUCACACAUGUGUUGACGUCAACGAAUGUGAGAUAGUUGAAAAUGUUUGUGGUGCUGGUGAAUGUCGCAACACUGAAGGCAGCUUCAACUGUAUAUGUCAUAGUGGAUACAGAACUGAUGAUCUUUCCAAAGUUUGUGUUGAUAUCGACGAAUGUGUUGAGAACCGCGCUCUGUGUCGCGGCGGCCGAUGCGUGAAUACACCUGGAUCAUUCCGCUGCGAGUGUGGUGCCGGUAUGGAACUAGCACCCGAUAGGCUUUCUUGUAAAGACAUCGAUGAGUGCUCUAUAACUUCCGGUAUAUGCAGUAACGGGGCGUGUGAGAAUCAAAUGGGUACUUACCAAUGCGUGUGUGAUGAAGGAUAUGCGCAGUCGACGGUCAAAUCACACUGCGAAGACAUCGACGAGUGCUCGGAAGAUCCCACACGUUGUCAGCACGAAUGUGUUAAUACGCCUGGGUCGUACCACUGUGUUUGCAGAGACGGAUGGCAUUUACGCGCCGACGGUCGGUCCUGCCGCGACAUAGACGAGUGCAGUAGUGGCGCACGCGUCUGCGGCGGUGGCGAGUGUCGGAACACCCCUGGGUCUUAUCGCUGUACGUGUGGGGAAGGGUUGCUACCAGCACCUCCCGAUGCCAGACCAACCUGUCUCGAUAUCGACGAAUGUACCGAUAUAGCAGACCUUUGUGGCGCGGGUGAGUGUCGUAACACGAUCGGCAGCUUUGUCUGCCGCUGUCCAGACGGUUACAGCGUGAAGCCAGAACAGGGUCCAGCGUGUACAGACGAUGAUGAGUGCGAACUUGGAACUUGUGACUGUCAUCCAUCCGCUGACUGUAUUAAUUUACCUGGUUCAUUCCAAUGUCGAUGCCGCGACGGUUGGCGCGGUGACGGCACGGAGUGUGAAGAUGUGGACGAAUGUCUGACUAACAACGGCGGCUGUCACCCGCGGGCCACUUGCCGUAACACAGACGGGUCAUUCAUGUGUCUCUGUGACACAGGAUAUAAGGGAGAUGGCUACUCGUGCGUAGAUAUUGACGAGUGCGCAAAUGACCCCACAUUAUGCGAGAACGGACAUUGCACAAACACUCCCGGUGGCUACGAAUGCGACUGUGAUGUGGGCUUCACUAAAUCGGACGACGGAAAAUCGUGUCUUGACAUGGACGAGUGCGGCACCUUCGACAACGUAUGUGUGUUUGGUCGUUGCGUUAACACAUUCGGCAUGUUUAAGUGCAUCUGUGAUAAGGGAUAUCAAUCAGACAGUAUUGAUGAUUUGAUGCCAGGCUUCAACUGUACGGAUGUAGAUGAAUGCAAAUCGCCCCAGUCUUGCCAAUACGGAGAAUGUAUCAACACUCAAGGGUCUUACAUCUGCCGCUGCCCGCCUAACUACGAACUUGUCUCUGAUGGUACAGCCUGCUAUGAUUCACGAAAGGCGCGUUGUUAUGGCAAAGUGGAUCUGCGUUCGGGAACCGAGCAGUGCCGGGACAGUGACGAACUUUCCGAGGAUGGCACGAUGGCUGCCUGCUGUUGCUCAGUCGGAGCCGCAUGGGGUAACUAUUGCGACCUGUGUCCUGAGCCCGGAUCUGAAGCGUACAGGCAACUAUGUCCAGGUGGCCCCGGUUAUCAGCCUGUUUUGGAACCGCCAUCGUAUGUGGUAACCCUGGCGGAUAUAGACGAGUGUUCCCAACAUCCAUCGCUUUGCCAACAUGGGACGUGCACGAACACAUUUGGAUCAUUUGUCUGCACAUGUGGGGAAGGUUGGCAACUCGCAGAAGAUGAGCUGAAAUGUGAGGAUAUAGAUGAAUGCGCCCGCCCUGACGUUUGUGGACCUGGAGUAUGCAGAAACAUGCCCGGCUCGUACGUCUGUUUGUGCCCGGAAGGAUACGUGGCUAUGCCUAAUGGAAAGGAAUGUGUGGACGUGCGUCAACGCCAAUGUUACAUGGAUUGGGACCCUGAGCUAAGUCAAUGCUCAGCUGCAGUCGGUGUGCCGCAAACCAAGUAUCUCUGUUGCUGUUCCGUCGGUAAGGCUUGGGGUAGCCCUUGCGAGGCGUGCCCCGAACGCGGAUCCCCCGAACACGUGGCGCUAUGUGGAGAGAAACCUGGAGAAUACAUCAACCCCAUGACAAAUGAAACUCGCCCCAUUAAUGAGUGUGAUAUCAUGCCGCAGCUCUGCAAGCCUGGUACCUGUCACGAUACACCAACAGGAUUCCAGUGCGGUUGUGAUCAUGGAUACGAGCACGACAACACGUCCCAUUUGUGUCGCGACAUCGACGAGUGUACACUUCACCGUUCCCCUUGCCGCGGACUCGCUCAGUGCGUGAACCUUCCAGGGGCUUACGAGUGCAAGUGUCCGGCCGGAUACCAACUGACGAACUCGCUCGACGAAUGCGAAGAUGUGGACGAAUGUGACGACGAAAGGCUUUGCGAACAUGGCGAAUGCAGAAACACUAUUGGAUCGUACCGCUGUGAAUGUAAACCUGGGUACACACUGCGUGACAACGCGUGUCGCGACGUGGAUGAGUGUAGUCGGCCCCGCCCACUUUGCAGAAAUGGUACAUGCGAAAACCUUCCCGGAACAUACGUCUGUCACUGCGACGAAGGAUUCAAACCCGGAGCCAAUAACGAUUGUAUCGAUAUAAACGAGUGCCGCGAAGGAGGUAUGGUUUGCCGCAACGGCCGGUGUCGCAACACAGCGGGUUCGUUCCGCUGCGAAUGCGCCGCUGGGUACACGCUGACACCCGAUGGACGGAACUGCCGCGACGUAGACGAAUGCACUGAGUUACCGGCGCCGUGCGGUCGAGACGGUUCGCCCUCUUGUACUAAUACCAAUGGCGGUUACGAGUGCUCUUGCGGUGCUGGAUGGCGUCUAGCAGGACGGCGUUGCGUGGAUCGGGACGAAUGUCGUGAGCUUCAAUAUGUCUGCGCAGGCGGUGAUUGUCAUAACUUUAAUGGAGGAUACCGAUGCGACUGCCCACUCGGCUGGCGGUUCGAUAAAGCGGCAGCGUUAUGUGUCGACGAACGCAAAGAACUGUGCUACGACGAAUGGGACGGAGGGCGUUGUCAUAAAGCUCGCCCCAUACAGCUUAGCAGACCGGAAUGCUGUUGUUCAGAAGGUGCGGCAUGGGGUAGGUAUUGUGAACGUUGUCCGACACCUGAUUCUGCAGAAUUUCUACGUAUUUGCCAAGGUGGAAUGGGAAGACCUAAUCUCACUCAGGACCUAGACGAAUGCAAGGUCCGUCCAGAUGUGUGUAAAGGUGGUCACUGCGUUAAUACGGACGGAUCGUUCCGUUGUGAGUGUGGACCGGGCUACGUACUGGACGCAGACGGUCUUUCCUGUGUGGAUGCGGACGAGUGCGCGUCUGAUCCCCGUAUUUGUGGAAACGGUACUUGUACCAAUACGCCUGGUGGCUACGAGUGCCGUUGUAACUAUGGAUUCACGCAGGGACCGCAACAGACGUGCGUGGAUAUAGACGAGUGUGCGGAAGGUCGUGCGGCGUGUUCAUUCCGUUGUCACAACACGGCCGGGUCGUUCCGUUGUACAUGUCCCUUCGGUUUCACGCUAGCACCAGACGGCAUACACUGCAGAGAUGUCGACGAGUGUGCCAGUGACCGCGAUGUGUGUCCGCACGCUUGCGAAAACGUUGUGGGGUCUUAUAUUUGCAAGUGUCCUGAAGGAUACAGAAGAACAUCAGCACCUCAUGACGCAGAAGACGCUUGUGAGGAUAUUGACGAGUGCGCAGAAGAGAGCGAUCGCUGCGCGCCCGGAGUUUGUAUUAACACAGAGGGAGGUUACACGUGCGAUUGUGAUGUGGGCUAUGAACCUAGCGAGGACUUGCAUUCCUGUAUCGAUCGCAGAACUGGUAUGUGCCAUAGAUCUCUUGUAUCAGGAAGAUGCGUACCCGAGCCAUGGCCUAGAUCUAUAGCUUCCACUCCCAUACCACCAACACAAGUUACUAAAGCCCAAUGUUGCUGUACCCUGGGUGUGGCAUGGGGACCAGAAUGUGAGUUAUGUCCCAUCCCAGGUACACCGGAACGCAUGGAGCUGUGUUCACGUAGCAACCUAUCUCCUUCCAAAGGAAUUAAUGGAGGAGGGGGUCCAGACAGUGAGAGCGAACUGGGUCUAAUACCGGACGUUUAUGGUGAUAUAGAUGAAUGCGCUGCGAUGCCAGGUCUCUGUGCACCAGGUCGCUGUGUUAAUACUAUUGGAAGUUUCCGUUGCGUGUGUGGUCUUGGCUACAAAGCGGCCGGUGACGUAUGCGCAGAUAUAGAUGAGUGCGCGUCUCGUCGUUCUCCGUGCGAGCAAUUGUGUCGCAAUACUGAAGGUUCCUAUGAAUGUCUGUGUCGGGCUGGAUUCGAAGUCGACGAAGAUGGAGCUAACUGUCGGGAUAUAGAUGAAUGUGAGCGGGGGACGCAUACCUGCCAGCAAACCUGUACUAACACUGAAGGUUCUUUUGAAUGCUCCUGCCAAGAAGGUUAUGAAAAGCGAGGGGAUGCUUGUGUCGAUAUAAACGAGUGUCACGAAGAAGGCAUUUGCCCAACACCUGGCAAGUGCGUGAAUCUCUUGGGAUCUUACCGCUGCGUGUGUCCUCGUGGUUUCCGAUUAGAUCUAACUGGCACCAGGUGUAUGGACCGCGAUGAGUGUGAAGAUGGCCGCUGUCAGUCACCAUGCAGGAACUAUGCUGGAGGAUACCGCUGCGAAUGUCCUGCUGGGUCUAUAAGAUCAGCGAGCGGCACUUGUGUACCGCAGGACUCCUGUGCGGGUGGGCCUUGUGGUUCUUCACCUUGCUUCCCUAUAGGAGCCUCUUACCGAUGCGGUUGUCCCGCUGGUUACGGAUGGGAUGCAGGUCAUGCUGUCUGUUUACAGAUGGCUGGUGGAUGUGCGACAGCUAGCUGUCUCUUUGGUUGCACUGCAUUGGGUUCCUCAUACCAGUGCGGUUGCCCAGCUGGUUACCAGUUGGUUGGAGCUGGUCACUGCUUAACUGCUAUGGAUGGAGCUCUACCACCAGAUGAUAUUGGGGACGCACCAGUUUUCCCAGUGCGACAUCAGUACAAAGUUGGAGGUGACAACGAACUUAUAUCGACAGAAGGGUGCUUCAGUUGUAAGAUGAACGGACGUCACAGAAGGGCACCAGACGAGGCGAUUAUCUAUGCCAAUGGAACUACAGUUGUAAGGAGACGAAGAAGGCGAAGUCGACGCCGCCGUUCUCUGUUGGAGCCGGAAGCUGAGCUAAUAGUAGUGACAGCUAGUCCAAAGCAAACCUGGGGCAGGGUUCCCCUCGUGAGAUUGGUGCCCGCUGAAGGAGAAGGUCGUCCACACUAUCGCAUAGCAUAUGGAGACGACGAGAAGAACUUCAUACUUAACAAGAAGGACGGAACUUGGGCGCUACGACUUAGGAAACAUCUCAAAUCUAAUGAGAUGCUCGAAAAGCAACUUGAGCUAGAAGCUCGGUUUGUCACACCGCAGUCGAGCAAGCGAAGAAGUAGACGUCACUUGGAGGAUGCGCCCGCGCCGCUUCGACUGUACGUGUCUGUCCGGAUCGCGCCACCCAAACGCUGA